UUGAAUUCAAGUCAUAACAGUAACAGUAAUUACAGUCGAAAUAACGAUGAGUUUAACGAUAAUAACGCCGAAGACAACGGAGACGCUGGAGCCAUAAUCCCGGAGUCGGCCAGUCGUACGAUAGCGGAAGGGGUUCGCGAGGAUGAGUUUGGCGCCAAAGACUACACCAAUGAUGUGAGUCUUCGCGACGACUUCAUGUCCCGUCCCCUUUGGGUCGCACCGGACGGACACAUAUUUCUGGAGACCUUCUCUCCGGUCUACAAACACGCGCACGACUUCCUCAUAGCCAUCGCUGAGCCGGUCUCCCGUCCCGAACACAUCCACGAGUAUAAACUGACGGCAUAUUCACUGUACGCCGCCGUCUCUGUCGGCCUUCAGACCAAAGACAUCAUUGAAUAC